UCGCAGUUUCAGCAUUCCCAUCAGUGGCAGGGCUGGAGCCACGGAGGAAGGAGGGCCCCAGGCACAGAAUGAUGCAAGUUUGUGUAUCUGAUGACAGGUGUCUGGGGGGAAGCUGAGAGCUGUAGGAAAGCACCCCCCCCCCCCCAGAGGACCGGGAAUCUCAAGUUAAUGAUUACAGUGAAGCGGCAGUAAAGGACAAAACCCCAGAGCGCGCGGUGGGGGUGGAGGGGACGACCAGCAGGACUUUGGUGAAGCUGAAAAUGAGGUGGAGAGAGGAUUCUGGAUUGCAGGAAAUUCCAAGAGGCAGGCUCUGUGUUCCGUUUGUGAAAAACCGGAGUUUGGAAUGACUGACCAGUGAUAAGCCUAGAGAGGAAGAUUCUGAAAUAUUCGGGAGCAUCUGCUAUCAAAUGAAGGAGACUGGGUUACAAAGAGAAGGAGAUGGAAAAUCAAGGCAGUUUUGAGGAGGGGAGCUUCACAAUAUUUACGUAGACGAUUUCAACUGACUGCAGUAUGUCACAGAAGGGAUCUAUAGCAGCAGGCGUGAAGGCUGGGAUUAAUGAGGUGGGUGGAGCAGGGAGCUCUGGUGUGGCUUUCAACCCGGGGCACAGCGUGGAGAUAUGCAAAUAUAGUGGCUACCGAAAGCGAAGUGUCUGAGGCACCUAGGCUGAGCUCUCAGAGGUGGGUUUGGAAAAGACCUUUGCUCCGAACAGUGCUUAGAAGUGAGCAGGGCUCCCGGAAGUGCCGCAAUUUCUUUAGAUCAUCCGACAGCAUUCUCCGAUGUUUACCAGCUUCAGGGAGAUCAGGCCAUUGUGAAUUUUUUUUUUUUUUCUUUAAUAAAACUGGCCCCAGCCAGUCAGACUGGGAACUUACUGCCUGAGCUGUUUUCCAACAUGGUUUUGCUGGCAAAAGCAGACAAGAGUGUUUCCUUGACUCUCAAGGGGCCUGUUUACACUGACUUUAUUUUUACUGCCAGCUUUCAAGUAGGAAGAGGGAGAUUAUAUUUAAAGGUCAGCAGAUGACAGAGAGAUGCUCCCAGUGUGGAAGUGAGAGCUGGAGGGAAGACCUGGGAAGGCCAGCCUCUGGUCCAUGUACACCUUCUCAAAGAAACUUAGCACUGAGACUAACAUUCUUGGGAAGCCAACCUGCAAGUGUUGUCCUCCACUAACGGAAAAACCAAGAUGUUGCUGCUCCACUGAGGACUGAACAAGAAGCCAUGAAAUCCCCGACUGCAGGAGACUUGGAAGACUGCCUCCUGGCUAAGGUGCAUGAGAGGCGCCAGCAGGUCUCCCAGAUUGUGGAGGAGGUGCAGAGGGUCGUCCACCACCUGACCGCCGAAAUCAGCCACCAAGACAUUCGAUUCCAGGCUGUCCCUUACUCUGACACGUAUAAUGGGAACAUCAAGGUUUUGGCCCCCAGCCAGUUCCUGGUCACCAUCCCAGUGAAGGGCCUGGCCGGGUACAGGGAGGCCAGGGAGCAACGCUGGCGUUACUACACGCUGCAGGGCACGAGGCUGUCCUGCCCCUUGCAGGACCCAGAGGGCCUGCAGCAGUGGCUAGAGGUGGAGCAGUUUAUGAAGAGCCUGUGGCAGUGGCAUGAGGCGGAUGUGAACAUUGAGGGUGAUAUUGUGCCCGCCAAGGUCCUCCAGGUGUUCCGGAAGCUGGUAGAAAAUGCGAUUGGAAGCUGUCAUCUUUCAGGUAAGGUCAGCAUGCUAACACACCACUCUGCAGUUUGGGUUGCCGUGGAAACAGCCACAGGGCAGGUGGAGCUAGAGCUGGUCCCUGCUGUGGAGAUCCCUACUGCCUGGUCUGCGAAAGCUCGGUGGCCUCCCUGUCUGAGGCGCUGGCCUUCCCGACAGAGAGUGGAGUGCAUCAAGUCCUUUGGGUUUGCCUUGUUGGCCUGUUCCCAUUAUCACUGGCAGCUGAGUUUCCUGCAGGCCGAGCAGGUGCUGCUGGAGCAGCUGGACGAGGACGGGGGCUGCCGCAGGAAGUGUCUCCGGGCCCUGAGGCAGAUGAAGGAGGACGUCUGGUGUCCAGGAAGGAGGCCGGUCAUCACGUCCCACCAUUUGCAGACAGUGCUCUUUUGGACUUGUGAGAAGUACCCACGCCAGAAGGACUGGCGGGUCUUCAGCAAAGCCUUUCUGCGCCUGGUGAGGAAGCUGCACAAGUGUGUAAGCCAGCACUUUCUGAAGCACUAUUUCGUGCGAAAGAGCAACCUCCUCCGGUCUGCCAACUCAGGCGACCUGGACGCUGUCGCCCAGAGGCUGGCCCUCUUUCUGAAGAACCCCCAGAUCAGCCCACCCUGAAGCUGCCCCUGCCUGGGAGGCCCUUGGACACUUGAUCCUGGCUUGACCUCGUUCUCCGUGGACAGAGGCACCCUACAGCAUAGGAGAGUACAAGGACCCAGGAGCACCAAAGAGGGGGGCACUGUACCCCAAGAUGGCUGACCCAGGCCUCCGUGGAGCCAGGAUUUUGGCCCUCACUAGCUACCUCCCUUGGGGACAGCUGUCCGCAGGCUUCCCUGAGCUGCUGAUUCUGAGCUGAUGACAGACUGCGCUGAAUGGAUUCUGCCUUGCUUGGGCUCCGGUUGUCUACAGAAGAGAAUGGUGACAGGACCGGUUGGAAGGCCAGGCAUCAGCCUGUGGCCCAGGAGUGGGUCUCCAGCCCACUGGCCAUGGUUCUUCUUGUUCCAUUUGUAAAAUGCAGCUGUGAAAAUGCCUUUGUCAGAGCAGGGCUGUGAGCCUGGGAGACCGUGCUGGGGUCGCCUUAGGAGAAAGACACUGGAGCAACACAAAGUGUUACUCUUUGGUUGGUAGCCCGUGUUUGCCUCCGGCUGGAUGGGUCCCAACACCGCUCAUUGAAUGACUGCGUCUGAUGGCUUGGUGCGCCCGCUGCCCUCCUGUUCUCCUGAACUGUGUUUCAGGGCCUGUGGUUCUGUCUGCCUCCGGGCUGUCCUGCAAGUAGGGAGAAGGUGGUUUUGACCAGUAGUGUGGGUCAAAGAUGAAAGUGCAGCUCUGUUUGCCAGGGGCUUCCGUUGUCUUGCGCCCCAAGCCAGGUGUUUUGGGAAUGCACUCAGAACAAUGACCUACGUGGAAGGAUUUGGUGUCACCUCUCCGCACCUGCCUUUGCUCAUUUCCUUCACUGCACCAUAAAUACGUGCUCAUCAGGCACCGGGAGUAUCACCAAGAAUGAAACGGUCGAAGGUCGAACCUGUCGGAGCUCAGCGCCUAAGGGAGACAAGAAGUGAAGGACAGAUACACAGACACAGUUAUUACAAAUUGUAGCAAGUUGCCCUGAAGGAAACAAACAGAAUAUUGAUUUAGAGCCGCAGAAAGCUCUGGAAGGAUGAAAAUGCAAACAGCGAAAGGGGAAGGGAAGCGUGGCAAGGGCAGGCUGGGCGGGGCUGGAAUAAGAUCACGUGACAUUGCAAAGCUGGUCUGGGAUCUGUUAUUCAAGUCCUGACGUUUGGCCUCUCCCAGAGCAGUAGAGUAUCCUAAUCUGAUUUGCAUUUUGUUUAUUUGUUUUUGACUUGAAUUUGAAAUGCCCAUUCUGGGGACUGCAUAAAGGGGGCCCGGGGGACCCACAUGAGAGUCGAAGCACCAAAGGACAGUAAGCCCCCCAUUUUGAAUCUCACUGUCGUCCACUGGGCCAUGCUUCCAGUGCAGCACAUGGGCAGGAACUCUCGGGGCUUGAGCAGGUCAUUGCUUUCUCCCCACACUUAUUUAUGCUUCUCAGCUCAAGGGAGUCCUUUAUCCCUUAGAACAAUGUUUCGCAAGUAUGGAACGCUGAAAUUUCUAAAAAGUAUGAACUACUGACCUUUUGAAAUUAAUUUUUUUUUUUUUAACAAAAGUACUGUAACCAUAUGCUGGGGACAUAGGAAAUCAUGGUUUUUAAAUGUUGAAAAAAAAAUCCUUUCAAAUGUACAAUAAGUUUAUAAUUUUUGAAAACAUCAAACAAUGAGCAAACCAAUGUUAUCAGUA